AUGGUAAAGCCAGGAUGGGGGCUGCCUGCUUCCUCCUGCAGCCUUUCAGCCCGUCCUGCCGCGUGUCCACAUUCUUCUGGGCGCAUCUGUGGAGCUAUUAAACGAGAGCUCCGGGGUUACUGGAGUCUCACACAUUGUCAAUACUUCGGAAGAAAUAAUAUAUUGCAGAUUGUAACCAGCACCCAGAGCCGGCAAAGGGCAGGGCGUCCACUAGGGCGCGCUGAGAGACCGGGAAUCCCCGCAAGGGUGCCCGCGCCGCGCGCCGCCCGCAGCCCGCCGCCGCGCGCACGCCGCGCCCUCGCCCCCCUCCAAAUCAUAUUUACAGGCGGUGUCUGGCUCUGCGCGGGGCGCGGAUGCGCUCCGAAGGCCGUGGGCCACUCGCCUCGCCGCGGGUUCAAGUGCGUCCGGGUUUGGACGACGCGGCUCCAGGAGUGCGUUCUCUCUUCUGCCCAUCCCCUUCCCGGAGUUCAGCGCAUCCGCGGCCCCGGGGACCCCUCUUCCCGGCCCUCCCGGCUGCGCUGGGCUGCCCGCCUGGGGCCCGACCCAGCGCGCCGGUCUCCGGUUAGUGACCGCUGCGCAAGGGCGAGGGCGGGCCACCGGGUCCCCGCUUCUCCCAGGCCCCGAUCCCGGCCCACGCACGGGGCUCCUGCGCCGAUCGUGGAGGCUCCGCCUGGAAAAGAAGUUCGACUUCCUCUCCAAGCUACUCCGAGGAGACUCGGGAACCGGCAGGAAAUGACUCGAACUGCCAGCCUGCGCCUUUGCCUCGCUUUGCUGAAGACAAGCAGCUCUCACCAAAGUCUUGCCUUCCCCUUCCCCGAAAGCCCCGUUCAGGUUUGUAAAGAGGGGUGUGAAAUCUGAAAAGUAUUUGUCUUCUAGGGAGAGAGAUAUUGGUAAGGGGCCCAGUGAAAGAUGGGUGCUUUUUAGCUCAUCAACGCGCCACGUCUUGCUUUGCAGCUCCAAAAUGAUGCCCUCGCUGCUGUCCGAAGGGUAUUAAUGCAUUAAGUGAAAUGGGAAAUAAAUGGGCAGUGUCACAUUUCGUGGCAUCAUUUUUAUAAGGGGAUAUCCAAAGUUUUAAGUUGCUUUUAAGAAUUAGCCACAUCUCGCUGGAAAGUUAGUAUUUUUUUUUUUUUUUUACAAACUCGUUAAUAAAGCCUAGAAGAAGUAAGUUAAAGUUAGUUACCUCGCAGAUCCUCCAGUCUCUUGUAGAGACCUGCACAGGUUACUAGGAUGAAGACAACUUGCAUUUUUAAUUUUCUAGACUAAGUGCAAGGGCAUUGAGUUUUGAGGUGGCAAGGUCAAUGUUCAAGAGUAAAUGGAACAGCCAAGCAUCUCUCAAUAAGCAAUAUUCACUUAUUAUUAUACUUAAAGCUGAAAUAAAUAUAAUUAAUUUACAGUGGGAAAUAUAUGACCAUGUUUUAGACUUUUUUUGUUAUAUAAAUUAUAUGAAAAGGGAUGUUCUUUAGUGAUUUUUAAAAACCCACCUGUUUAUUGUCAUUUGCAAUUUGAAAUAGCCGAGAGCAGUGGGGCUAGCUAAAAAGACAAGUCAACUUCAGCGUGGUUUGACGUUUACUAUCAAAGCUUUGAGCCUAAGGAAAACAGAAUUUAAAAGAAUCCAUGUAAAUAAUAAAAUUUCAUUGUGACUCAAUGUCCCUGCCCCUGGGGAAGGGGCAGAUGAUACUCAGUGACUGGCGUGGAGCCAUUCCUUCUGCAGAUGCAAUUGUGGAUAUGGUAGGCCAGGGCUGCCUCUGGACAUGUACAGCAAGUUCUUGGGGACGUACAGAAACAAAUGUUUUACUAGCUAGGAUGUUCUCAAUAGUUUACACUAAAAGUUUUGCAUGUGGAAAUGUACGAUAAAUGUUUCUUCUAAAGGAAAAGUUUCAAAAGGAAACUUUAUACUUGUAUUAUUUUUUUCUGUGUUCACAUUUCAGAUUAAAGUUCAUCUGUCUUUCAAAAAAAAUUUACAUAAAUAUUAAAACAUUGCAACUAUUAUUUUUAAUUCUUUUGAGCCGCAUGUUUGCCCUAAGUAGUUUUUUAAGUAAGAUUAAAAUAAUCCUGUUUAAGGAGUUUAAUGGAGAGAACAGGAUUUCCAAGCUCAUACAUGCAGUCUAUAUAAAAUAGUGAGAUCAAAGGUUUUUGUUAAGAAAUUUGAGAAUUUAUACAUUUUAAAUGAAGAUAGAAACGCGUUUUAAAAGUAGUUUUUCUACACCAUUUCCCUUCCCCCCAAAAGAAUUCAGAGUAUUUUCCAUAUUCAAAAAAUGCUAUAAUCAGAUAUAAAAAAUUAUUACCAAAAUAUAUAGUUCUGUCAUAUGGUGGAUAGUUUUUAAUAUAUUAUGAAGAAAGUAGAAUUAUAUUCAAAGCCUACUAAAUGUUUGAAGGAAUGGAAAAAAAUAAGAUGUUUCUAAACAUUUUACUACUGAAAUCUGUAAGACUAUUAAACUGUGCUGGUAAUUGUAUUCUAAGUGGUAGAAGUAUUUUUUCCAACUGCUUUUUAAACUUUGAAAAUUGUAUAUGUAUUUUAAUUAGCACUUUUCUUUUCAAUGUUCCAAAUAUUUAGCUAUAUCAGCUAUAUGAUAAAAAUUAUUGGAAUUUGUUCCAUACUACUUUCUGCAUCAACAGUUGAGAAAUAUUUUAUACUUAUCUUUUUGUAUACAUGGGAUAAAUUUGAAUAUGUGCCUUUUUGGUUUAAAAAACAAUCCAAAUUCAUUUCUCUCUUGAACACUUAGCAUCGAUCUUCAUCUUAUUUUUUUAUGCACAUAAUUUGGACAUGCCAGUUUGUAGGAAAGUUUUAAGAUAGUGCAAGUUUUAUACGGAAGAAUGUAUAUUAAGGCAUGAAAUAGCUAAUAGCCAAGAUUAAAUCAGGAGGUGUGGCAUUCACUCCUUUGGAUAAUGAUUUUAAAGGUAGUCUUGCACUCAGGAAGGAUUUUCUUAUGCUCUGUAUUUAUGAAUAUCUAAAUGAUUCUGCCUUACAACUUCAAAACUCAAUAACCAAAUACCAAAUUUAUGUAUUUUAAAUGUGACUAAGGCUAGGAAUAUGAGAAGCAGAUUGGUUUUAUGAAAGCAAGCAAUCAUUUACAAUUGUGUUUUAAAAUAUAAUCCUAAUUUCAGCUUCUGACAGAAAUCCUGUGGUCAGCUCAUCAGAUCAUUUUCUAAAUAGCAUAUAAAAACUACCUUUUCCACAUCAGAAGUUCAUAUUUAGGUUUCCUUAACUACAAAAUCACUCUAAAAAAGAGUGUUUUAUGUGAAGGGCCAUUUCAUGUGUUGGUUCCAUCGAUUACAUAUGAAUUAGAAAAAUCUUGUUUAAAGACCAGUUAAAGUGAGGAAAUUCCAAGUCAGGCUGGCUAAUUCCAUUCAUAAUUCAUCCGGAGUACCUGACCGAGGAAACUUGCAGUUUAUAGCUAUGCAUACAAAAUAAGUUGACUUACUUUGUAAGCUGGAAGCAGAGUUAAAUUUGACCUCCCUGCUUGGAAAGUCUUAAAUUAAUAAAAUUACAGAAUGUGGUUAAGCUUUUGGGUUUCCCCAGAAUUUUCCAAUAUCAAUGCUUUUUGGAUUUUUGCAUUUUGAAAAUGUAAGCACAGAAGGACUUUUUAGUCCUGAGAUGAGGUUGGCUUUCACCCAUCCAUUUCCUUCCCACUUACACAUUUGUUCACUAAUGCUUUGAGUUCUAGGGGACAGAGGCUCUGUCUUGAGAAAAUAGCAUAUGCCAUUUCUCUGCCCCCUUCAGCCAUCCCCACCCCCAGCCCUCCCUUUAUUCCAAGCCAGUUGGACAAGUAUUUAGCACUGAUACAUGAUUCAAACCGCUGUAUUCACAGCCCUAGGUACUUUUGGGGAUUGGCAGGAAAUCCAUCCAGACUUUGCCUUCUGAGCUGGGAAAAACCACUGGGGAGUCCUAUGCCUUGAUAUUGGGGCACCUCUAGGGUGUCUUUCCAAUUUUAAGCAAUCCUUCAGUUGUUUUCUAAGGCUACACUGUAGACUGAUGCCUUUUCUUAGUUUUGAUGUUUAGUAAGAUUUCUUAAACAUCUUGAGUAAUUGUAAUUUUAAACUAGACUAAUUUUAAGGUUGAAAACUGGCCCAGAGAGUCCUUACAUAGUAACUUCAAUCUGAUGUGAACUCAAAUGACAUUUUAAAAAUAAGAUGUUGAAAAUAUGGGUUUCUGGUGGAAAAGGCUGCCAUCUACUUAGAAUAGGAUCCUUAGGACAAGCUAAUACCCACCAGACACACUCCAAUAAACUGGAACAAGCCUGAGGUGGAGUUACUGACUCCCUGUUUUCCUAAAUGUAGGUCAUUUUGUGUCCUUACAAUUUAACUUUUGAAGGGAUUUCCUGUCUUUGAAGUACAACAGUUUGUCACCUGCUUGGCUAGCUGCCUUAACAGUUGGGGCUCCUUUCCUACUUUGAAAGACUUAGUGACUCCAUGUUCCCUAGCCAGAGUUUCCCAGCUCAUUGAAUGCGUGAUAUCUGCAGCUCUGGGACCCUCCUCUACAAGUCAGUGCCUGCAAAUCCUGUUCCAAGCUUCAUUUCUCUAGCUCAAAGAGCCUAAAAGAAAAGCCUGGAGCCAUACACUCACCUGGUUGAAGCCAUAAAGAGGUAAGCUUUCAUAAUGUAGAGCCAUAUAUCAAAAUUCAUAGCUUUUGAGAACUGGGGUAACUAGUGCUCAGGCAUUCGAGUCACAGGCUAGAGCAAACACAGCAACUGGUACCAAAUGUACCCUAGUGGCUGAAAUCCAUUUAAGCAAUAAACAAACAAAUGUCCUUUUAAGAAUGUGGUAUUAUUUUUACUUAGGAAUGCAUGACUUUAUCAUCUUAUGAUAUGAAUCCUACACUUCAAUAUUUCAAGUGAAAAUCUGCCUAUUUAAAAAGAAAAUAUCAUUCACAAAUGAACAGUGUAUUAGAAGACAACUGUAAAUUGCUUCUAGCAAUGGCAGUCUGCUGAGUUUUACCAAAUGAUACCACAUGUGCACGCCAAAGCUCUUUGUAAACUAUAACACAUUUCAAUAAACUUGUCUGCCUUUACGACAUCCACCAGCUAAUCCUUGUGCUCCCAUUGCAAAGGCUGUCCUCUUUUUGGAGAGGAACACCAAUUGUUUGAAAGCCUAGACACAAAUAAGGCAUCUUCACAGUAUCCCUCCUUAAGAGUGUUUUCAUCCUAAUAUUAAGUAAAGAUUUAGAAGCUUAUGAACUUUGGGGGAUUUCUUUUCAGAGAACUGGACACGUGUAUAAAAAUUACAAUAUUUUGAUAAGUGAGAGGAAUAAAAUAAAAAUAGGUUUCAAUACAGUUAUGGCUUAAGAUCUUGAAGAAAUCAAGAAGAAAGUAGAAAUCAACUGCAUCAAAGGAAGAAGGGUCAGGCUGAAUUCUGUUUGUAAUUUUUUCAUAAUAAAUUGAAAUGAAGUUUUUUUCUGACUAUAUGUUUUCUUUUAUGGAUAUUAAUCUGUUUGAUUCAUUUAAUUUCUCUGGAAGAAAUUGUAGCCUUUGUAACAGAAUCUGCUCUAUUGGGUUGUGUAUGGGCACCUACCAGGUUGCUUUCUAGCCAGUAUCAUGUGAAUCGUCUAGAGAAGAUGCCCUUAGCAAACACCUUCAAAAAGCAGCCAUUCCAAGGGCACACCUCUUCUGUCUCUUGCAAAGCAAGUGGUACUAUGUCUAGGCAAGGAGUCAGACUCAGAUUCAUGCAUUUAUCUCAAGUUUUUCGGUGACCUUCUUCCUAGGUCGUGCUCUUGGCACCUGUAAGCCAAGUGUGUGUAAGUAUCAGAAUGGAUUUUCUACGUGCCAAGUGAAAAUUCCAUCUCUAGUCACAUGCUCCUGCACUUUUCAUGUGGGUAAAAUGUUCCAGUCUUUCCUUGAUUACAUCACAGAUGAUAUGAGAACAGGACACAGGGGACAUGGAACUGCUAAACAGCUGGAUAGCUCUGAAAACUCAGAGCACUUAAAAGCACUUUGAAGUCAUGCAGCUGCUCUUUUUAAAAUUGUCUUCAGUGAAACUCCAAAACCCCAAUAAUACCUACCUUAAAAGCAUCAGGAGUAUUUUAAUUGGGCAAUAACCAUCCAUAUUUUCCUUCUGACAAAUUAAAGGGAAUUAAGAAUGAAAUUUUAUGAUGAUUAUAAAAUGUAUUACUGACCCAAGGGACAAGAACAAUUAUAAAAAAUAUGUUCUACAUAUUGGCAUGAAUAUGAAUUUAGGCUUUAAAGCAUUCAUCUUAAAUGCUCA